AUGGAUGCGGCUUUCACUUUCCUAGGCAUGAGGAUCGACCCCAGGUGGAUGACCCUCAAGUUCGUGAAGAACGUCCUGUUCCACGCCAGGAUCGUGCUGAUCUCUUCUCUCGCCCAUCUGGGGGGCCUGAUGGAGCUCCGACAGCGAGAACGCGCGGGGGAAGAGCUGGAACCGCACUCGCUGGACCAGUCCAACAGCUCCGUCCUCGUGAUGGACGGCUUGACGCCGGCCCUCGUCCCCGUCCACGUCCUGGCGUCCCAGUUCAGGAGCAGAGUGCCGGUCCUCGAGUUCGGCGAGCUUCUCGCCAAGGGCAGAGCAUUGGACGAAGAUGGCGGCGGAGGAGAAGGAGGAGAGGGAGGCGGGGAUCAAUGCCGCGAGAAGAUGUGCGCGGUGUGCCUGAGCGGGAUCGAGGGGAGGCACGAGGUGCGGGAGCUGCUCAACUGCAGCCACGUUUUCCACAGGGAGUGCUUGGACCGGUGGGUCGAGGAGAACCAGGUGACGUGCCCCCUCUGCCGGUGCUUGCUCUUCCCGGCAGCCACCCCGAGGCGGAGAAGAAUUGCGGAAGCUUGCGGCUGA